AUGUAUCCUAUGCGGGUGUUUGUUUGGACCAAAGAUUUUCAUGUGCAUAGGGAUUCUUCAUUGGUUCCGGCUUGGGUAUCGUUGCCAAUGCUUCCGAUCCACUUUCAUGACAAGCACUCUUUGUUUUCAAUCUUAUCUCCAGUUGGAAAACCUCUGUUUUUGGAUUUGGCCACUGCGGCAGGUAUGAGACCAAGCGCGGUCAGGGCAUGUGUCGAAAUUGACUUAUUGAAGCCAAUUUGUGGACAAGUGUGGGUAACAGUUGAAGGAGAAAAUGGUUCCUGGCAGAAAAUAGUGAUUGAUGAGUUACCUAAGUGUUGUUCGAAUUGUUGGCGGUUGGGACAUUCAAUGGAGGAGUGCACGAAGAACAACGUAGAAGUUGGGACCUUUAAAUCACAGAACCAGAAGCAGCCUGUUUAUCAUGUCGUGCAAAAUGCCAGCACGAAGGUUGUGGAAACUGCAGAAAAGCCUGCGAUGGAAGCCAAUUUGGCUAUACGACCUUCAGCGAUUGGAGGGGAUGGGUUGCAGGAUAAGCCAACCUCGGUUAUGCCUAUAAGGGAUUCAGAGACUAUGGUCUUGAUCAAACUUGGAUCACAAGGGGUUAGGACAGAGGCCUCAACAUAUGGUGAGAAUGGUCAGGUAGUAACAAUGAGGCAAUGUGUUCUAGAAGUUGGGGUAAAUGACAGUGAAAGUGAGCGGCUGAUUAAUGCUUUAGCAGGGAAUAUGGUUGCGCCUUCUGUGUUACACGCGGUAGAUAUUCUAGUAGCGUUGUAG